AUGACUAUUAAAUUGGUGGUGGGUGAGUGUACUUUAAAUGUCGUUAGCGCGUACGCACCGCAAGUAGGCCUGGAUGAGGAGAUUAAAAGGCGUUUUUGGGAGGGGUUGGAUGACAUCGUUCGUAGUAUUCCACCUUCGGAGAGGUUAUUCGUAGGAGGAGAUUUCAAUGGUCAUAUUGGGUCGUCGGCAGUUGGUUAUACUGAGGUUCAUGGCGGCUAUGGUGUCGGGGAGCGGAACGGAGGGGGCACUUCGCUUUUGGACUUUGCCAAGGCAUUUGAUCUAGUGAUUGCGAACUCAAGUUUUCUGAAGCGGGAUGAGCAUUUGGUUACUUAUAGAAGUUCGAUGGUGAAGACUCAGAUUGACUAUCUCCUCCUCAUGAGAUGUGACAGACGGUUAUGUGAGGAUUGCAAAGUUAUCCCAGAUUAUGUUUAUUGGAUUGAUUUCCGGAUUCUGAAUAUAGUGAUAAUUCCUGUAAGCACCAAAAAGAAUCAAAUUCAGCAAUCAACAAUAAACAGUAAUUUAAGACAAUAA